AUGGCUCAUAGGAUCAAUCCAACGCCGAUCAAUCAAGGCAGUCCUCAAUCGACGCCCGGGAAAUCAUUCCCCGAACGUCCUCAGAAAAUCGCCAGAGUCAACCCCAUUGGAGAAUCCGGCUGCGAAGAAGAAGAGAAUCAGCGAAAAGGCCCGAUAGUUACCGAAACUAAAAUGAAUCCGAACCCUAGAGUUCAGCGCUAUUUGAUUGCAAUCGAGUAUAUUGGGACCCGCUUCGCCGGAGCUCAGCAGCAAUCCAAUUGCCGCACCGUCGUCGGCGUUCUGGAGGAGGCUUUUCACAAAUUCAUUGGACAGCCUGUUUCAAUAUUUUGCUCUAGCCGAACGGAUGCAGGAGUUCAUGCCUUAUCAAAUGUUUGCCAUGUAGAUGUUGAAAGGAUAAGCAAAAGGAAACCUGGUGAUCUCUUUUGGUGUUACCUCCCAUGUGUGGUCAAGAAAGCUGUCAACCAUUUCUUACAGAAGAAUGAGGGUGAUAUCAUGGUCAUUGAUGUUCAGAGUGUUCCAUCUGAUUUUCAUUCUAGAUACAAAGCUCAAGAACGCACGUACUUCUAUCGAUUACUGUCUGGUCCCGAACCUUUGUCAACAUUUGAAAAAGACCGUGCUUGGCAUGUUGCGGACGAACUAGACCUUCUAUCUAUGCAGAAGGCAUGCCAAGUUUUAGUUGGACGUCAUGAUUUCAGUUCUUUCAGGGCUGCUGCAUGUCAGGCAAAGUCGCCAAUCAGAUCUUUGGAUGAAUUGAAUGUUACUGAGGUUGUUUCACCUCUAUCUUCCCUUCUAUCAAAGAGAGAGAACAGAGCAAUUAUUUAGUAGAAGAUUCUUUUGCAACCUCCCUGAAAUCAGAAAUCUGAGGUUUCACAUGUUUCUUCAACAAUCACCUCUCAAGUUGAGCCUAUUCCAACAUUUGGCAUGAGAAAACAGCAUCGUUGCUUUGUGGUAACUGCACGAGCACGUUCUUUCCUUUUUGAACAGGUUAGGUUGCUGUUGGUGUUCUCAAAUCUGUUGAACGGAAACUUAACAGUAAAUGACGUGGAACGCAUUCUGAAAGCAAAGACAGUAGCUGCAGCAAGUCCGAUGGCCCCAGCAGUGACUCUAACCUUGGACAUGUUAAGUUCGAUCUGGCUUCAGAUAUGUGAAUUGGUCAUCUCCAAGGAAGGACUCUGUUUCAUGAUGAUUUUUCACCAAUUCUAUCAUUUGCUUGCAUAACACCCGAUUGUUUCAAUUCUCAUGGCUGCUUAGAUGACAUUGCAUUGUGUGUUUGAUAUACUCAUUAAGUGCACCUAACUUCAUGUUUUACCAGAAGCCGUGAAGAGUUCUGCUUCCUGGGUAUACAACACUCAUUUUGUGUCUCUCUUAGGAUAGACUGAGAAGGGCUAUUGAGAGUUGUCCGACUUUAUGAAGCAAACAAGAAUAGCAUCUUUGUGUCUUGAUUUAAAUUGUGAAAGGAGCCGCAAAUUACUCUAUUAAUUUUGUUAGCUCAUGCAA